AUGUACACCAACUGCAAUACAAGUGAAUCGUAUAUGAUGACCAACGACUUGGCUAGCUUACCUCAAUCCUCUGAGUUCCUUUCCCCUCCAGUCGCUUCCAAGUGCAAGAGAUCUCGUACUGCCUUCACAAGCUAUCAACUGCUCGAGCUAGAGCGAGAGUUUAAUGAGAACAAGUAUUUGGGCAGACCUCGUCGUAUCGGCAUCGCUCAACGUCUGCAGCUAACCGAAAGACAAGUGAAAAUAUGGUUCCAGAAUCGUCGUAUGAAAAGCAAGAAACAAGCCAAUAGACAGUUGGGCUCCAAAGUGUUUCUUAAUUCUGCUCCAAUUCAAUCUAAAGAUCAUCUGGAACCUCCGCUCAGUGAGCAUGAACUGAUUGUCGAACGUCUAUUGCAAUACGUGAGCGGGGGCCAACAACCUGAGUCAUUUGAACUGCCCGAUCACUUAAAUAAUAAUUAUGCCGCAAUGGAGCAACAAUGCGAUAUUAAUGUGCAUCAGCUUCCUGGACGACUGCCCAGUCCUGAAGUGAGUGAUCUGGACUUAUGGCAUCACGAUUGGCUCAGCACAGAGUUAUGGCAUGGAAGUGCAGGCUUGGAAGAUAUGCAAGAUAUCCCACACAUCGAUCAGUUAACAAGUGCUACGACGAUAGAUCAGCAAGUGGCGUGGAAUUCGGCUAGUUCAAUGGCUACAUCUGCCUGCUCAUCUAGCGCAUCAUAUGAUUCCUUUGAAUCCCUGGAAUCUUUUCACAAUUUCGAUCAGUUAAAUGCUGCUCCAAUUCCCGACCAACACUUUGAAUGGGCUUCUAAUUCGAGUUCUGCAACUACAUCUGAUGCGUCUUAUGAAUCGUUUGAUUUCGAUUUCUUGCAGAAUUUACUAAAUAAUUAA